AUGAUUUACUUUGGAGAGGGUCUGACCGCACCAGCUCUCGAAGCACAGAUUUCGCCAUCAACGCCAUCUGUCCAUCGUUCGCCUCUCACCUUCGUACUAAUGCCAAUCCAUACUAGCGCUGCUGAAUCCGAACAUGACUCAAUGCCCACGGGCGCCGCAGGCAGGUCUACAGCUCAGAGACGACAGAACUGGCGGCUAUCGGAAAGGCAAAUGGAUCUUCUAAGUACAUCAGCCCGUGGAAUGUACGAGGAAUCACCUUGGGCCAUUAAGUCAUGUGUCAGAGGAUCGCUUGAAAACGUUCAGCACAAUAGAUUUACAAAUCAAGGACUUCGCUCACAGAAUAUGUCAAAUUUGAUCAAUUUAACAGAUGCACCUCAACCACCCCUUCAUGAACACGCAAAGAAAACAUCAAUGUCUAAUUAUUACAUGGAAGCCUACCAUCACCAAGCUGAUACUACUUCCACUUGGAUCAAACCUCAUAUUCAAGAUCGUAAGAGACAUGUGCCACUGCCUACCAAUUUGUGUGAAGCAUUAAGAACGAACUGCGUUGAUCAGCUACUCGUUUUUGACACAACUAGUACAUUGCUUUCCGACAGUAUGGGUUUAAAUACGUCUGUUUCUCGAAGGUAUUCGUUGAAUUCCAGCAUGGACUGCCUUACAACAAGAAACCAAACCAACAAUGCCAAAGAGGACAAUAUAGCCUAUAAGUAUCUCAAACUAGGAAGUUCACAAACGAGCUGCAAUAGCUUCAGAAGUACACCACAUGUUGGGGCUUUCGAGAAAAAGUCUAGUGUUAGAUCCUCGUUAUCCUCUUUGUCCCCUUUGCCUUUUUCGAGUCUAGAACGGUCGUCGAGUAGUACAGAACCGCAUUUAGUUUUAUCAGUUAAUACUUCUCAACCAUUGCCGUCGCUAGAGACUUCACCUCAUGUCAGUAAAGAGGAAAUUGCACUUUCUGCAAUACCGGAGCCUGCCUUCAAAAGAGUGAGUUUGCCUCAUUCGCUGUCACGGAAAAAAAUCAAUAACCGUCACAGCCAGCCGGACGCGACUUCUACUAGUAUUGGUUCACUAAGUUCUUCGUUUGUCAUCGCACCAAACGCGCUCUUUGAAGUACACAUGGCUGAUAUAAAGCAGUACGUUGAAGAAGAUCUAGAAGGUAUGACUCAUCUAUCGUACUAA